UUGCUCUUCACUUCAUUCUCAGCGUAUAUAAAACUCCAUGGGAUUUGUUUAUGCUCAGAGCUCCUAGUCAUUUGACAGUGAAUAUUUAAGUCUGCUCAUUAGUCAGCCAUCUUGGUCAACGCCCAGUUGGAGCAGACAGCCAAUCCUUAUAUUACUCUACGUUCCCUCAGCAGAGAAGAGACAGGUGGGGACACAGCUGUUCUGGAUUUUGUGCAUUCGCAUUUUUUUUCUUUUCACUGGCCUUGGUACUGAGACUGCAGGCAAUUCUGUCUGAAGAAGGAUGCUUUGGAGUCACAGAAUGCGUGGUUUAAUCUAAAGAGUACCCUAGUUGUUUAUGCAGCUGGAGACAGAAAGGAGGAGAACAGAAGGAGACAUCAAGAUAAAGGCAAGAAAAAUAUCAGCACUUAGCUUCAUCUGAGGUUUCAUAAAGAGCAGUGUUUUCAAACUUCAUCUCUGCAUUGCAGUUGCUGUAGGAGUGGACACAUCUUCCUUCUUGUUACAUACAACAGGACUUCUGUUUUGUUCCCAUACCGCUGAGUCAUCAUGUCCGAUCUGACGCCCUUAAGUGAUGUGCCAACCCCCACUAUGGACAAAAUCACUCAAGCAGCUAAGGAGACUAUUUAUCUGUGCAACUUCCGAGUUUCUGUGGAUGGAGACUGGCUGUGUCUUCGGGAGCUGAAUGAUAUUUCCCUCACCCCUGACCCAGAGCCAGCCCAUGAAGGCUCUUGGGAGGAUUUAACAGAUAUGGUGGAGCAAAUGCAAAUGCUUGAUGAUACAGAAGAUCCCAAGGACCCCAUUGCCAUUGAGCGUCUGAAUUUGAUGAAUACAGCCAAGCUAAGUAUUAAGGGGCUCAUUGAAUCUGCACUCAAUUAUGGCAGGACACUUGACUCAGAUUACCCUCCACUACAACAGUUCUUUGUUGUAAUGGAGCAUUGUCUCAAGCAUGGCCUUAAAGCAAAGAAAACAUUCCUUGGGCAGAAUAAGUCAUUCUGGGGCCCCCUAGAGCUGGUGGAAAAACUUGUCCCUGAAGCAGCAGAAAUAACAGCAAGUGUCAAGGACCUUCCAGGCCUCAAAACACCUGCUGGACGAGGAAGAGCUUGGCUUCGUCUUGCUCUGAUGCAGAAAAAGCUGUCAGACUACAUGAAGGCCUUGAUUAACAGAAAGGAUUUACUCAGUGAAUUUUAUGAGCCUUAUGCACUAAUGAUGGAAGAAGAGGGUGCUGUGAUAGCUGGACUGCUGCUAGGACUCAAUGUGAUUGAUGCAAACCUUUGCAUGAAGGGAGAGGAUCUGGAUUCUCAGGUUGGUGUUAUUGACUUCUCAGUGUGGCUGAAAGAUGAAACUGAAGUUAGCAAAAGCAAUGAAGGGGACGGUCAAAUCAGUGCAAUCCUUGAUCAGAAGAACUAUGUGGAAGAACUGAACAGGCGUUUAAGCGGUACAGUAAACAGUCUUCAGUCAAAGGUGGAAGCUUUAGAGAAGUCCAACACCAAACUUACUGAAGAGCUCGCAGUUGCAAAUAACAGAAUCAUAACACUACAGGAAGACAUGGAGCGUGUUAAAGAACAGAGUUCCUUCAUACUGGAAUCAAAUCGUAAGGAUGUGGAGCGGGAGCUGGAGAUACAGACUGCAGCAAGACAAGAAAUGGAACAGGCAAUGAAGAUACUGGAAAAAGACAUCUCUGACAAGCAUGAAUCUUUCAUGUCCCUCAGGCAACAUCUAGAUGAACUCAGGACCCUCAAUCAUGAACUCUUCAUUAAGACACAGAGUUCAGACACUGCAGUAAAACAGAAAAAUGCAUUAAUUGGACGUCUAGAAGACAAGACCAAUCAAAUGGCUGCUACCAUUAAACAGCUUGAACAAAGUGAAAAAGACAUGGUGAAACAGGCUAGGAACAUAAAUAUUGUAGCAGGAAAGCUAAUACAAAAAUAGAUUCAGACUAUUACCUUGAGUUAUUUAAUGCUUACUGGAUGUUUAAGAAUUUAAAAACUUAUUUUCCCAACGUUUUAACUGUUCCCCAAGUCUUGGUUUGCAUUUAGAAGAACCAAAGCACUGCCAGCUCAGCUUCCACAGAGUUAUGAUACCCAUUGUCAUUUUAUGCCUAUAUUGAGUUUUAACAGAUUCAUUGCUGUUAAAUAUAUCUAUUCAGUUAAUCCAGUACAAAACUGGAUGGGUACAUACCGUAGGAAAUGUCAUAAAAAUAUGAUGUGGUUUCUAGCUAGACAUUGAAUGCAAAAUAAUUUAAUCCCACUUAAACCCAGUCCAAAAAUAUUUGCAAGUUCAGCCUUGGCAAUUUUUAUUUUUCAUUUUGGUAAGAGAUUGACCCAAUUUUUUAUUACCAUUUUAGAUUCAGUCACCAAAGAUAGUACCCCAAGCUGUUUUUGUGGCUUUGAACCAUGAAGAUGAUGUUGAUUAAAGACUAAUGUUUUACCUCCUAGUCUAUAAGCUGAACCCAAAGUUGUAGAUUCAAUAUCAAUCUCUAUUGAGUCAGUUUAUAAUAUAAACCUGCUUCACAAUGUUUUGCAAAUUUUACACAAUUCUUGUGCCUGGGGCAUAGUGAGAUUUAUCUUUGGAAUGUGAUAUACCUGUCCUUAUAUAUCUGGGUUUUUUUGAACAGUAGGACAUUGAACUCAUUGUAAAGUUACAGCUAUUACUAUCAUUUUGCUUUGCAAAAGAGUGAAACAAAAAUGAAAACAGAUACAAAAGAGUAGCUCUUAAUUCUGACCCUGUCUUUAACUAUAGUGCUGCAGUGGCAAACUGGUAAAAAGUUCUAGUAGCCUGAAUGCCAAAGAGCUGUCUUUAGAAUAUGUAUUUAUUGUUCUGUAAUGGCUCAGGUUCUUCCUGCACAUGGACUGUACAUAUACAUCCCAAUACAUUCAUUUAUUUUAUCAGAUCAUGCUCCAUCAAGAAUUGUACGUAUGAUGUAAUAAUCACAUCCAUGACCCAAUAAAAGGCCUUGUAUUCACAGGCCCCACUACCUGAGGUACCAGUCAAUGUUCUGCACCAUGUGAUAAGAGUCUCAUUUGGCUAGAAAAGAUUUGCCAUGUUUUGAUACAUCUGCUUUUUCAGUUCAGUCUCAAUAAUAUUCUGGCAACAACAAUAUCUUUAGUUGAGGAGAACAGUGCUGAAACAUAGUGUCAUUCAUAAAGGGGGUAAAAUCAACCACAUUACGAUCAUAGUUACUUAAGGUAAUUCCACCACCCCUCUUAAAUUAAGACAUUUUCAUCACAGGUUUUGUUAACACAUGCUUCAUUAUUUUGAGUAACUGCUGAUAAUAUCAAUUAUAUACUCUCAGCUUGUCAGCAUUUGUUAGGGUUAUAUUUUCCAUUUGAGUCCAGGGCAUACAGAAAAUGUGUACUUCAUUAUGAUAUGGAAAUCAUUUGUAAACACUCUUAGAUGGUAAAGGAUUAAAUUGAAUAUCAUAUCUGUUCUUUGAUAAAAUUCACACUUCAUAAUCUUUUCUGUAAGAAAGAAAUACUGUUUCCUUUUUAUUAAGCUAAAUAGCAUGAAGAGUGAAUACUUAUUUUUCUUUUAUCUCAAGAACUAAAGCAGGCUGUAGAUAAGAAUUGAGUUCUUGACUGAGAAAUCUUAUUGUUUGAUCUUAUGUAUUUAGGUUUUCAGAUAUAUUUUUGCAAACAAUGAUCAUAAAUUACUCCUGGAUCUCAGUCUGAGAGAAAUAUGUAAGAAAGUUGUUGGUAAAACCUUUACCAUUUCUGAAUAAUGUGUGAUUUAUAUAACUUUUUUAUUAAGUAUUUUAUAUAACCUGCUUACUGUAGCGUUGACACCAUAUGUUAAAUAGCCACUCUGAAGAAUGCAAUUGCUCUGUCCUUUUGGGCAGUCAUGUUUGUUUAUGGAACAGCUGAAUAGUUAAUAAAAAUUAUUUCAAUAUGGCAA